UCCAGAUAUUUUACAUGGCAACUUCGAAGAGGGCGGGCAGCUGGCCUCAGCUUCACCUGAUUUGUGGAUGGACGUCAAGCAACCUUUCACUUUUAAAGCAGAUAGUGAUAAUCCCGAUAUAUUGACUCACUGUGACCAUGACAGCAACUCUCAGGCAUCCAGCAGCCCUGAUGUGUGUCAGGAUUCUGAAGGGAAGCAAGAGAUGGAGAGGCAUACUGAUGUCUACCUGGGACCUGAAGUGGAACCCAGUGAGUUUUAUCUCACUGAGCCAAAGAUGAAUGACAAGCCGACUUGGGAACCAGAGCAGGAAUGUCUCCAACACAAUUCAGAACUCCAUUCCGAACAUGCAAUGCCCUUGCCUCUGAUCAACAGUCAGGACGAUAUAAACAACUCAUCUAAGCCUGCCUCUUCAAAAGGUUCCCCAGAACCCUCUGAUAUACAUGGAGACAAUAGUACAAGUGCAACAGCGUUGGAAGAAGGCACCAACCCAGAGGUAGAAGCAGAGGACAGGACGAUCCCAGGCACCAGAAGUGAAGACACUGACAUUUUUGAAACUCACCAGGAGGUCAGUGUGGAAGGCAACAGCUCCUGGGUGUCAAAAGACUUUUGUCCUCAAAGUCAGACAGGUACUAGAGCCCUUCUUGACUGUGAGCAGCCUUUUGCUUCUGAGAGUCCUGCUGUACUUACUGACAUCUUCCUAGCCUCAGACACCUGCCUGGAUGUAAGUGAAGCUGCCUUGGACCACAGUUUCAGUGAUGCCUCCGGCCUCAACACUUCCACAGGCACCAUAGAUGAUAUGAGUAAGUUGACUCUAUCAGAAGGCCAUCCCGAAACACCAGUUGAUGGGGAUGCAGGGAAGCAAGAUGUCUGUUCGUCUGAAGCUUCCUGGGGUGAUUUUGAAUAUGAUGUAAUGGGCCAGAAUAUUGAUGAAGAGCUGAUGAGAGAGCCUGAACACUUCCUAUAUGGUGGUGAUCUUCCGUCAGAGGAAGGCAUGCUGAAGCAAUCACUGGCACCAUACACACCCCCCUUUGAUUUGUCCUACCUCACAGAACCUCCUGGAUGCACUGAAACUGUCCAGGGAGCUGAGUCUCCAGAUGAUGCAUCUCUGGGAAGUGAUGCAGCAGAAAUGUUGCUUUCUGCUCUUCCUGAUCAACGGGAGGAAGACACGGCUGAGACCAACAUCAGGAAACCUAGGCACCAGAUGACUGUGUUGCACAUUCAUGAAGACCUUGAGGCUCUUUCUUCACCUGUGGGAGGAACAGUUUCUAAUAACGAGUCAUCGCCAUCAAACAUUGACUGGGAAAUAGAAACAGAUAAUUCAGAUUCACCAGCAGGUGGCGACAUGAAACCACCAAACGGCAAGGAGACACUGGAGUUAGAAGACGUAGCUCCCACUAAAGGGCCAGAGCAAACAAAAUUAGAAUACAAAGAAGAAAAACAGGCAGAGCAAAGUGAAGACCAUCAGGUACUGGCUGUGGAUUACAUACUUGUAAGUCAUGAAAAAGAUUCACCAUUGAAACCAGAGGCCAGGGAAGCAAGAGAAAAUAUACCCGAGAUGGAACAAGUAUCCAUAGGUUCUGGAGAAACAGGGCUACCAGAAACUCAGUUAGCAGGUAUCCCAGACACAUGCCAGCCUGAGCCUUUAAAUGACAUCAACAUUCAUUCUGCAGAGAGAACAUCUUCCAACCACAAGAGUGCAUCUCUUCAAAACCCUGCACAAGACCAGAGUUGGAUGGUCUUGAGCCACAGUGAGGUUGGUGACCCACCUUCAGAAACCAGGGACUCAGGGCCUGGGUCUCCUGGUAGAACUGUAGAGCCGUUCCUGAGUCUCAGCUUAGACAAGGGACCCCAGUCCCAGGUUCUGGAGAAAAAUAAGCCUCUAGACUCUUUAGCGCUAGAGGAAGUUGCUGGUUUGAGCGACCAGUCAAGGAAGAGCAAGAGACACGUUCAAGCUGGUCUAGAUGCAGUUCCAACACAGGCCGCCACCCACGACAGUGAAUGGGAAAUGCUUUCGCCACAGCUCCCCCAGAAAAACAGGAACCCUCCACAGGAAAUGGAAGAAGAGACACAGUUCCCUGAGCCUGGACCCGGAAAACCAAGACCAAAAGGACCCCCGUCAGAGGAUGAAGGAAUGGAUAUCCCCUUCGAGGAGGGAGUACUGAGUCCCAGUGCCGCAGACAUGAGGCCCGAACCUCCCAAUUCUCUGGAUCUCAAUGGCAGUCACCCUAGAAGAAUCAAACUCACUGCCCCAAAUAUCAACCUCUCUCUGGACCAAAGUGAAGGAUCUAUUCUCUCUGAUGAUAACCUAGACAGUCCAGAUGAGAUUGAUAUCAAUGUGGAUGAACUCGAUACCCCUGAUGAAGCAGAUUCUUUUGAAUACACUGGCCAUGAAGAUCCCAUGGCCAACAAAAGCUCCGGUGCAGAGUCAGAGUCUAUUCCAGAAUAUACGGCUGAAGAGGAGCGAGAAGACAACCGGCUGUGGAGGACGGUGGUGAUCGGAGAGCAGGAGCAACGGAUUGACAUGAAGGUCAUUGAACCCUACAGGAGAGUCAUCUCUCACGGAGGAUACUAUGGGGACGGUCUGAAUGCCAUCAUUGUGUUUGCUGCCUGCUUUCUGCCAGACAGCAGCCGGGCGGAUUACCACUAUGUCAUGGAAAACCUUUUCCUAUAUGUAAUAAGUACCUUAGAGCUGAUGGUAGCUGAAGACUACAUGAUCGUGUACUUGAAUGGUGCAACCCCAAGGCGGAAGAUGCCAGGGCUAGGCUGGAUGAAGAAAUGCUACCAGAUGAUUGACAGACGGUUGCGCAAGAAUUUGAAGUCAUUCAUCAUUGUCCACCCGUCUUGGUUCAUCAGAACGAUCCUUGCGGUGACUCGGCCUUUUAUAAGCUCAAAAUUCAGCAGCAAAAUUAAAUAUGUGACUAGUUUAUCUGAGCUCAGUGGGUUGAUCCCCAUGGACUGCAUCCACAUUCCAGAGAGCAUCAUCAAACUGGAUGAAGAACUGAGGGAAGCAUCAGAAGCGGCUAAAACUAGCUGCCUUUACAAUGAUCCAGAAAUGACUUCUAUGGAGAAGGACAUUGACAUGAAGCUGAAAGAAAAGCCGUAGCUGGCCUGCUGGAGGAGGAUCGCCUUCUGCUUUGUGACUUUGCUGGGACAUACCUUCCUGGAAGUGACAGGGACGGUGACAUCUCCACUUCGCACCACCUGGUGCCACUGGAAAUUUCCAAGGGGGGAAAAGUGGAAAGAGAAGUUGUUUACUGUUAAUAUAUUUUAUGAAAAUGUUGUGUAUUUUCCUAUUUUUGCCAAUUACGUGCCUCAAUGAUUUUAGUUGAACCUUACUUAGCAAGAAAAUAGGAUCUUCCGUUUUACUAUUAUGCUCAUCCUUGGUGCAGUGGAACUUGGUUCCUUAGGCUGGUGUUUAUCAAAAGCGUAGCCUAAUUCUGCUGUUAGACAACUGUGGAUACAUUUCCGUAGACUGAAUUGCCCCGUAGAGCUUGCCCUAGAUUCAAGAUGCACAGGGCUCGCCUUGUCCCAGGAACGCGGCUCUCUGAAACUCUGUCUACGAAAUGCUGACCCUGAAUAGGACAGACAGACAAACAGAUAUAAAAUCCUCAUCAGCUAAGGCAUCUGCUCCCUUCCUGCCCACAUUAGUCAUCCUUCAGUUUUUUCAAAAGGAACCUGGGCUUCCUAACCCAUGUAACCUUUACUUUAUAUACCUGUACGUAAAUUGCAGCAUUAUUCCCUAAUGAUCUCUGAAGAACUGCAUAUUGUGAAACUUAAGAUGAACUAUGCUUCAGGCCGCAGAACAGGCUCCAACCUUUACACUUCGUGUGCCAACUCCCAGGUGGCCCACUCCAAAAUUAUUGGGUAACAUCGAAUCAGUCAAAAUUAACACUCGGAUGCAUUGCAAAAGCAAUCUGCUUUAAGAAGUUUAAAAUUAAACGCAAGUAUAUACUAGCCUUUACGAAAUAGCUCGUUUCUUGUUUUUAUAUACCCCUUAAAUUAUCAUGGCAAUUGCCAAUCUGUGGAUCUCUGGCAGAGGUCGGCAAGCUAUACUGCGGCUAAGGCUCCACUAACAAGAGAAAGUGGUUUCCACGCCUAACAGUUGAAAAAAAAAUAAUACUUACCUGUCUGAAGCUUCUUUUACACUUUCUUCACCUGAAUUGAAUAGUGACAACACUUCUCCACAAGGCCAAAACACUACCUUUACAGGAGAAAAAAAAAAAAGAGUGUGCUGUUCCCUAGGAUACCAAAUACCUAUUCCCACCCUGGCUGCCAUACUCUUUGUAUUUACUUAAAUGCUUUCCCCAACUGAGUGCACAGAGGUGGCUGUAAUCUCAUUUGGUUUUGCCAAAAACUUUUUUUUCUUUCAAGACAGGAUAUUACCAUAUCACCCUCAUUGGCCUAGAACUCACAAUAGAGACCAAGCCGGCCUCAAAUGUGUACUGAUCCUCCUGUCUCCGCCUCCCAAGUCCCGGUAUUAUAGGCUCACACCACCAUGUCUGGACUUACAAAGAAAAUUUCGACAUUUACAGACAGCGAAACAUCACCCGUGGCCUACUGAGAAAAGCCAUGGAUCCUUCUCACAAAAGUGUGGCUCUCUUAAAGCACGGACUUGCCACACUCAAACUGAAAACUCUUUAGAAUCGUUCUGCAAAGUCAUCUGUUACCAAGUAGCUGCCAGGCACAGAGUUAAGACCUACCUGGUGGCUUUGUUGAGGAGAGCUGUAGACACUCCGAGCCCUGAAGAAGUCUUCUCAGCAUGGAGGCUUCUUAGCCCAGGUGCCAGGGUUCCUCUGGCUUUAUCUGCUUCAUGUCCAUUUCCAAUCUGUCUUCCAUAUAAGCUCACCCAAUAUACAUGUGCUGGUUCCCUUUCCUUCAUAAGGCUCCACUAUUUACUUUCACCUGUUAAUCCCUUUCAACUUAGUAUCUUUUUUGACCUUUGUCUCUUCUUUUCAAUCCCCCUCCUCAGUUUUUGGCUAAUUUGAUAGAAAAACCCCAGAGUCAGCUAGACUCCCGAAGCCUGCCCUGACCUUUGGCAGCCUACUCCAAACGUUAUGGUGAUAUGAGUAUAGUUACCCAAUAUCCUGAUUUGAUCACCUGCUUAAUAUAUUAAAUCCUUCAUAUUCUAUUUUGCAAGAUGAAUUACACGGUUCCCCCUAGCCAUGUUAAACCGAGGACAUGAGAACUGCAGAGUUCAGCUCGGCAAAUCUGUAGACAUGGGACUGCUGAGAGACCGUGCUUUUCACAACCAACCAGAUAUGGCAACAGGCAAACAGGCAAACCUUUCACACUUUCUUUGAGUCUGUGUAUGGAAAUCAUAACUCAGAUGGUGUGACAUAGUAAAUUUAGUGUGAGUGGUUUCAAAUCAAUGCUGUUUGGAAUAUCCUAUGGGCUGUAGUACCAUUACAAUAUUUAAGCACAUGCUAUCUUACUGUCUUCAAAAAAAAAAAAAAAAAAAAAAAAAAAAAAAAAACAAGUUACUUUAAUUGCACGUGCUAGAGAAAAGCUAUCAUGUUCAUCAAAUGAAUAGGCUUCUAGCAAAUCCUGGGAAAAUAGCCCAUAAACAGGUAGAUGUAACUCUCAUGUCGCUCAGCUCUAGCGCCUGCACCCUGGACAUUCUUGCUUUGGUCUGGCCUGCCAGGACCUGCUUUGCACUUUUUCCUGUAGAUUUGUAGUUAAGGGAACACCAGAGGGUCAUUGAGGCAGGAGUGGUUUUGACUAAGGGUGGAAAAAAAAAAACCUUCACAGAAGGUAGUUGUUGAAGAGUGAGAACGACUGGGAGUGGAGGAAGACCCCAAAGUUCCUACUGAAGCCAUACAGUGUUAUAUAAGGUUCCUCCCUAGGGCAUACCGAUGAGCAAGGAGGCCACCCUCCCUAGCGCACAUUCUUCGGAUGUAAUUUUGAGAAUCCCUUUAUGAUUCUUCACAACUCUUGUCUUAUCAAUAUGCCCCAGUAGUCUGCUACUUUAGGAAUAUCUAGGUGUGCACAAAUUAACCUUUUCUAUAUCUAAAGAGUUUUCUACGUGUAUUGGAUUGCUCAGAAUAAAGUAUAUAUUAGACUUGUUUUGGUAAAGAAAUGAAUUCUACCUGGAUAGUAUGGAUUAAAAAUAUGAAAAUAUGUAAGAACACAAUGUAUCUCUAUACCCUUACUGUGUAACUCAGAAAUAAAAAUAGAGUCCACA